ACCGUGUCAGAAAAAUUUACCUAUGUCCAUGUAUAAAUUUUUUUCAAAAAAAUAUCAUAUUCGCCACUUCCAUUACAUUUAUUUCGCUCAAAAGCUAUUUACCGUAUUUUCUCAUUAACAUUUUACCUUAUACUUUCUUAGGAAAAACUCAGUCCUUGAAUUUUAUUACAAUUUACUAAAAUAUCUGUGCAAUUGAGAGAAGAUAAUUUUUCUUUUUCCUUUGGUAUGCAUAAGUUCAAAUCAGGCUACGAAGGUAGAAAUGGCAGUAGGAGGGCGGUUCAGUGAAGCAGCAGCUUUUGUGAAGAGUUUGUAUUUUGAUCCAUUCAAGUGGUCACUGGUGAAGAGUUUUUCUCUUUUCGCUCUAGGAGUGCAUAUUGCCAAAGAGUGCACUGGUUUGGAAAUAAUGCCUCCAGUCACACAGUAAGGUGGGAUUGAACUCUUGUGAGCAAUGGAGAAGUUAUUACUGCUAUCAUCCUUUACUAUAAUGUUGACAUGGAUGGUACCUGGAUCUUGCAGUCAGACCAACAUUGUUCUCAUCAUAGCUGAUGAUCAAGAUCUUAUAUUAGGAGGACUCACUCCUAUGGUGAAAACACAGAACAUCAUUGCAAAUAUGGGAGUAACUUUUACCAAUGCAUUCGUGACAACCCCAAUUUGUUGUCCCAGUCGGGCAUCAAUAUUUAGUGGGCAGUACCAACACAAUCAUCUCACACUCAACAACUCUGUGAGUGGUGGCUGCAGUGGUCCUCACUGGCAGCAGCGUGUUGAGCCGCAGACUUGGCCUGCUAUACUCCAUCAAGCGGGCUACACCACAUUCUAUGCUGGAAAAUACCUCAACCAAUAUGGGUACAAGAAAACUGGCGGCGUAGCUCAUGUUCCUCCUGGCUGGGACUGGUGGAUAGGCCUCGUCGGGAACUCCCGCUACUACAAUUAUACUCUUUCAGUGAAUGGAACAUCAGUAUUUCACAGUGAUGACUACUUCACUAAUCUUAUAAAAAUGUAUGGCCUGGAAUUUCUUCAUCAGCGACAUGUAAAGGAGAAGAAUUUUUUAAUGGUGCUGGCUCCACCAGCACCACAUGCACCAUUUACUCCAGCUCCUGAAUAUAAAGACAGCUAUAAGAAUGUGACCGCCAUGAGAACACCAAAUUUUAAUAUACCUGUCUUUAAGGAUAAGCAUUGGUUACUACGGAUGUCACCAUCGCCACUUCCUGACUCCAUGUUGCCUGAAUUAGACAGAGUUUACAGACAAAGAUGGGAAACUCUGUUAUCUGUAGAUGACCUGGUAGAAUCUAUUGUUAUUGAACUUUACUCUUUGGGACUGCUUGAUAACACAUAUUUAAUUGUAACUUCUGAUCACGGAUAUCAUGUCGGUCAGUUUGGACUGCCGUGGGAUAAGCGUCAGCCAUAUGAAAUGGAUAUCCGCAUCCCAUUGAUGAUGCGAGGCCCAGGUUUACCACGCAAGCAGAAGGAUGUUCGUCCAGUACUCAACAUUGACUUUGCACCAACAUUCCUGGCAAUGGCAGGAUUAGAACCACCAGCGUGGAUGGAUGGACUUCCUUUUUUCCCAUUACUACAACAAAAUGCAAAUAAUGGAACAAAAAUAGAUAGAAAGUUUUUGAUAGAAUACCAUGGGGAAGGGAGUAUGAAGACUAUUUCAUCUGAUUGCCCAUCUGAUUAUAGUGAUACCUUAUCGACCUGUGUUCCAGAGCAGAUGUGUAAAUGUCAAGACUCAAAAAACAACAGUUACACAUGUGUGCGUCAUCUUGAAGAUCUCAUAUCUAAUCACAAUUUUUCAUAUGACUUUAUAUUCUGCAAAUUUAGAGAUUCAGAGAACUUCACAGAAGCUUACGACCUGAAUGUUGAUCCUUACCAACUGAACAACUUGGCACCUUACUUGAGCUCCAUUAUAGAAAACAAGUAUAUUACAUGGCUGGAUCACCUUAAGUUUUGCAGUGGACUUACAUGUCACAUGUACCAUGAUUUAAAUGUCCAGAAUUCACCUUAGUGAUUCUGAUAUGGUUUAUAGGACAGUUUGACCAUAAUUAUAAUUAUACACAUGUUUUGCAGUGCCUGGCCUUUACCCUUUGUAUCCAGUUCCAUUGCUCAUCUGCCACUGGUAAGCUGUAGUGUAGUAUUGAGUUGGUUCUACUGUAUUACACUCAAUCACAUGUGAAUAUUGCAAGAGAAUGUAAUACCACUUCCUCUCUUCACUUUUGCUGACUUUCAACAACAGAAAUAAAGUUUUUUAGAUGAUUUA